AUCAAGACGAGAAUCGACAACGAGAAAUAUAUGCGAGCGCAUCCUGAAGUAGAAGUUUUGGUUGGAGACUUUUUAAGGGAAAUUCUCCUUAAAAGACCAGCUGACAUUCGAGAGUUUUCUGCUGAUUACUUCUCGAGGUUAAACCCUACAGGUGACUCCAGAGAGGAGGGAAACACUGAAGCAGAGUAAAGCAGCCUCUGAAUAUUUCCUUAUGAAAAUCACCUUCAACUAUUACCGUAUGCCUGGAAACCAGAUUGAACACACUUGUAUUUUAGAUGUAAAGUUAAGCAUUUUUUUAAAAAACAGAAUGAAUAAAGUAUGUGUUAUCUGCAUCGAGUGAUUAUUGACCGAACUGCAGCAUUUGGUAUUUAAAAUAAAUAUUUGUUCAUCA